CACGACGACGCGCAGGAAGCAGCGGUCCUCGCAUCUCGCCAUCCGGCACCUGUCCUCGCGCCUUCUGCACGCCACCCCGAUCCCCAGCGGCGCGCCGCCGACGAAGGAGCUGUCUCUCCAUUCUCACCGUUCUGAAUGGCCAGCGAUGACUUCGUCCAACGCUCCCGCGGCCGGUGGUCGCAUCGAGUCUGACGAUCGAGGUCCCGAACUCGGCUCUCUCCCACCGCCACCGCAGUCGCGUUCACAGCCAGCGAUACAAGGCGACUCCGCGACAAAGGACACGACCGGGCAAGCAACCAAUGUCCUUUCGUCGGGGUCAACUGAUGCGAAUCCACUCGGACCCGCCCCUCACGAAAUUCCCGGCCCUUCAACAUCGACCGCGCCUGCGGACAACGGCUUCGACAGGCCACAGUCGAUGCCGGGAACUCUGGCAGCGAACUCUCAUGCUGGGAAGAGUGCCGCAUCUGCCCAGGAACCACCACUACCGAUGCUAGACACGGCGCUAGGCGCAUUCGAUUGCGCCGGCAACCAUGAGGACUACGACCAUCCCAUGUUGUCUCCUCCAACUAUUUCACCACUGUCGACCCCCGCUGUCACGCAUAAAGACAUGGACGCGCUCAUGCUUUCUGCACCCGGGACUGCGCCAGAGCUUCCAGGCGGCAAAAAGGUCCUGCAAGAAGCCGCAGCAAUCGUUCCCAAUGCCGCUAAUGGACUCGCCCUCUCCCAAACAGUCAAUCCUGGCACUGAGCCGACAGCGAUGGAUCUCGAUGAGCCUCAGCUGCCAGAGAUAUCCCAAUAUCACGCCCAAAUGAUCCGUCAGAGCCUUAACCCCGCGGCGAGUCGGCGGAGUGGCCCAGGUGGUGCUCAAAGAAACCUGGAGCAUAUGCAAUCAAUAGCGACGACAGACCCUGAGCCAGACAGCAUUCAGCGGUACGAGCCCGGACGCUCAAAUGGAAACGGCAACGUCGACCCCAACGUCCUCAUGAUGGCUUUAGCAAACGCGUCUGGCGCGCAGUUCGACCACCUGCCUAAUGCCAUCGCGCCUUCUGAAAUUUCUUUGCACGAUCGGACCUCGUUCACACAGGAGGACGAUGAUCCUACCACUCCCAGCGCUUCUGCCCGAAACAGCCAGAAUCUUGAGUCCUUUGCGCGCAUAGAAUUCGAGGACAGUGUUUUCCAGAUGACGACGUACGCCGUCAUAAUAGGUCGUGAUCAGAAGGCCAUCAACCAGGCUAGAAAGGACGAGCGGAGGAUGGAAAUGUAUCGUCGGAGAGUUGACGAUGCGAUGAGGAACGGCUUGCCACCUCCUACUCCAAUAGCAUUCGACAGGGGAAAAUUCAGCAAAUCCUAUGUCAGUGAGGAGGGUGGGAUGUUAGGACCAGAAUCCGACGGCGAGGACAACACAAGAGCAAACAGGAAGAAGCGCCUAGGGUCGGCUCAUGCUUCUGUCAAUGGCGACGACAGCAAUGACGCCGAUUCCGCCGACCGCGAGCGGGCAAAGUCGAAUCGCCAAUACGUUUCCCAUACACCUGGCGCCGCUGCCGUUGACGUUGGCACACUGCAGCCCUCCACCGCACACAUUCCUUUUAUUGGCAUCCAUUCACCGGGACCGGAUAUUGCCAAAAAGACAAAGGGUAUUUCGCGACAGCACCUCAAGAUCCAGUUCAAUGAAACCCUCGGCGUGUUUCAGGCAAUUGCUCUCCAUCGCAACGGAUUUUUCGUCGGCGAUGUUAUUUGCAAAGACGAACAUCCUGUCACCCUUCGCAGUGGCGAGAAGCUCCAGAUCAAAGAUGUAUCCUUUCGAUUCAUCAUCAAUGGUGUCGAAGAGGGCAAGACUGGUGGCGAGGAGUUGGAUGAAGAGACUUCCAGUAAACGAAUGUCAAUCGGGGGCAAGGAGAUGAGUUUUGACUUUGAGCACUCAGAAAACGAAAAGUAUCAAGACUCUAGCGAGGAUCUGUCUCCUCCUGCAGAGACAGUCAAGUCGCCAACUCCUGCACCAGCUCCGAUUCCUUCACCGGUAGUCACAAGAGUCCCACCACCAAAACCCGCGCCUGUACCAGCGCCUGUUGCGGUGCCGGUAGCAGAAGUGGCAGUUCCAGAAUCCGCGCCGCGGGAGCCUUCUCCCGCGGCACUGCCCAUGCCCGAUCCUAUGCACUAUGGCCUUUCUCAAGAAGAGCUGGCAUUGUCACAGCUUCAGGAGGCGGUGUCGAGAGCGUCUCCUUCCGACCCGCCACCGCUUCCAAUGCCUCCACCACCGCCCGAACCGCCUGUGGAGCCGGUCGUGCCGAUGGAGGACAUGAGAAUGAUUGAUGCGUCAACGUUGGGCCUUGGCGAUGAAUUCCCCCCGAGUCCUGGUCGGCCACCGAAGGACGGUAUCAUGUCUAAGAGGGAACGACGUCUGCUCAAGAAACAACUGCAAGAGAAUUCCCGGAAGACUCUACCACAAGAACCUCCCGGCGAGAAGAUCAAGCGGCCCGUCGGCCGGCCUAGGAAGAACCCAUUGCCCGAGGAUGGGGAGAAGACCGAGAAACGGAAGUACAACAAGCGAAAGUCCAUCGAAGACGGCGACCUCGGAUCAGAUGCCGAAAGGAGAGCUCGGGAAAAGAAGGACAAGAAGGUCCGACCAAAGUCGCCACCCUUGCAGCUCAACAGGGAGGACUUUACCGAAGAGCAGCUUGCCAAACCAAGCAAGAACUAUGGUGUCUUGAUUGACGAAGCCUUAGGUCACGGACCCCCGGAGGGUCUGACCCUCAAACAAAUCUACAAGAGAAUCACCCAGAGAUAUCCUUGGUUUUAUUUUCACGCGGAGACAAAGGGAUGGGAGAGCAGCGUUCGUCACAAUCUUAUUGGGAAUGAGGCUUUCAAGAAAGCUGAGACAACUGGCUUAUGGUCGAGAGUCCCUGGGGUUGAGCUUGAUGCUGGAAAAAAGAGAAAGGCUGUUUCACCAGAUCGUCAUUUGGGCGGCCCUCAUGGGCAUCUAGCUCACAUGGCUCAGCAUCAGUAUUAUCAGGGAGGUCCGUACAUGCCGCAGCCCAUGCCUUAUGCGCAUGGCAUGCAGAACGCGUAUACUGGAGCUGGAACUGCAGCUGGCACUCAGCAGCGGCCCGGACAGCCUGGCCCAAAUACUGCACUCCCUCAUGCUCAACACCCAAGCACCGGACAGCCUGGCUAUCCUCCACAAGCACCAGCACCAGCCCAGCUGCCGCCAGGGUAUGGAGCUUCCGCAGUCAACAGGCCACCAGUCGCUGGACAGCAGAGCACAUACAGUUCUCCUUACGCACGGCCACCUCCUCCGCCCCCGCCGGCCCAGGAAAGUCCCAUCAAAGCAGAGCCUGGCACCUCAACAGCUGCUCAGGGCACUCAACACACGGCUGGACAGCCAGGAGGCUCCUCAGACAACCAGGCGACGGCAGCACAGCAGACUCAUCGAGCUCCGGCCGCACAACCACAAGGUCAAACACCCCGGCCGACCCAGCAAGUUACGACACCUACUCCCUCAGGACCUGUCCAACGGCCCCAUCUCACACCAGAGAUGGAGAAGGCUAUUGCCCAGUUCAGGACCAAUGUCAUGGCAGACCUCUCCAAGCAUACCAAGAAUGCUGGUCAAAUAAUCGAUGCCGCGAUUGGUCGAGUUCGGGGGCUCUCCACGCCACCAACUGUACCAGGAUUCGAGGAGGUCGAGAGGACUUUGGUCAACGGUUUGCAAACAAUGAUCAGCAAGAUGCAGAGGGUGGAAAUUCGCAGUGCGACCCCGGCCUCGGGAUCACCAGCUCCGGCACAAGUGCAGGCACAGAAGCAGCCUCUUUCGUCGCAACCUCAAUCACACAGACCGAACCAACCACAUACUGCUCCCGGUCCCGCGCAAGCGCCUAUCGCGCCACAAGCUGUGCAAAAUAGCCAGCCCAGCUCACUGCCUACCACUACACAGCAAGCAUCAGCCCCUGAUAGGCAACCGCCUCAAGCUUUGCAGCCAGCCCACGGACAAGCACAAGUGCCCAGACCCGCUCCUCAGACACAAGCACAAUCGACGCCGGCUCAGGUGCCCACACAACCUACAACGGUAGGCAAAGCACCUACGCAACCGUCUGUCCCCCCGCAAAGCCAAGCGCAGCCGCCUCCGCGGCCACAGGUUCCGCCUCAGGCUCACGUGCCAGGCCAUGUUCGGGGACAAGCACCACCGCAAGCUCGAGCUUCGCCAAUACAGCAGCCUGCAAACGCCAGGACUACACCGAAUCCAGCGCAGAGCCCGGCACCUGCCACUUCUGCUCUGUCAACUUGUGAUGCUGAGAUUCAGCGGAGAAUCAAGAGCUUCCGAGAGAGCAUUAUUGGCACCUUAAAGGCAAAGACAAACCAGGCAGAAGCCAUUGGACUCUCCAACCCGGGCGCUUUCAAGGGAUGGGAGCAGGCGGAUCGUCUCAUGUACGAGUCUAUCAUCAACGAUCGACAGGACUUAGCAGCCCAAGCAGCCAACGCCAACGCGUCCGCUCGCUCGUCUCAGACCCCAGCACCGGCGAAGGGCCCUUCUGCGUCUCCAGCGCCAGGCACACCAGCUACGGCUUCCUCAGCGGCCAACCAAACAAGGGUCUCUCAACCUCCCGGAGCGUCGCCACAAGGCCCUUCAGCUACAACUCCAAACAUGAAAGGCGCGACGCCAUACGUGCCAAGGCCAGGCAUCUCAGUUGCUAGGCCCGCCAGUGCCCAGGUUCAACGGCCCAGUCCAAGCAGUGUGGCUGGCCCUCCACCCGACUCCACCCCUAGUCAGCCGAAGAGUUCGAGCCCUGCACUCGCUAUUGCCGGAACUGCUCAGCAGCCAUCUCCAGCUCCGAAGCCCGCUAUACCGCCCACCCAUUCCGCCGCUGCUCCUGCUGUGAAGCAAAACUUUCAGCAAAUAUCAGCAAACACGAACCCGGCAGUCAAGGCUAGCGUUGCCAGGCAUAACUUCACGGGUGCAGUGAAUCCCAGCGCUGGCAUCGCGGGGCAGAAGGCACGCGUGAGCGGCGCUGGCAGCAUCGCCGGCCCCUCAACAAGUCAAGCCAGUACAGGAGCAGGGCUGUCUACACCAAUGGCAUCGACCUCAUCGCCUCCCUUAACUACCACGCCCAACUUCUCCGCGGCAGCACGCCCAAGUGCUGGCGUUGUCAGCCAAAUCACUGGCCACCAGCAGCGCAAUGCUUCCGAGGCUGUCUUCCCAGCGCCGCCAAGCGCAGGAGUCCUGGACCAGAUCACCAGUCAACACCUCAAGAUGGCGAGCCAACAACCAGCGCCCAACUCGGCAUCCGGACAGCCGCCAGCAACGAUGCAAGCUGGAAGUUCGCAGUCAGCAUCGAACCUUGCUGGCGCUUCUCGCCCAGCGGCUCCCCAUCAUGCAACUCCAACAAGUCAAGCGCCAGCCCCAGCUCGUCCGGCAGCCAACCAGCUACCCGCUGCGCGAGCGCAAGUUGCGCAGGCUUCGACACCUCUGCAACCGAAUAGUCAAGGUCCAGCUACACAGGCACCGGCCGUUCAAGCCCAAGCUUCACAGCCGCUCGCCACCUCCGCCCAGGCGACGACUGCCCAUAUUCCGGCUCCCCGGGCACCGGCUGCGCAAGCACCUGGCAGUGGCCCAGCAUCUGCUGUGAAACUAACUGUUGCGCAAGCACCAGCUGCUGCCAAACCGGCAUCUCCCCCGGGAGUCGCUCUGGGUGCCACAUCCAACGCCUCCAGUCAACCUAACACAACUACAACAUCCCCGGCGAUUGGCCCCGAUACUACCAGCCAGCUCGCAGGGCAAAAGCGGCCAUUGGAACAAGACGGCAAGGUCGGAGAGGAGCCGCAACUCAAGAAGGUUGCGGUUUCCGCCGAGUAGUACGACGAGCGCAAGAUAUUGCUUUGCAAACGGGUGUUUUCGCUUCUGUUGCUUCAUUUGUGAUUGAUACCACGGUGUGUUCCGCAAGAGACGGGAACCAGAAGAACAUGAUUUGUCAUGAUACCACCAGACGAAGGGAAGAGGAAGUUGAUAAGCAGCGGGGAUUGAAAAGUAAUGACACGACCAUCACGACUACAAAGAUCAGGAGGCAACUUGAACACUACGCAGGGAAAAUGUCCUUUGUUCGCCUCGACGAAAAGGUGGAAAGGGCCCUGGCUUAACAGGCGUUUUGGGAGAAGGGAAUGAUUAUUAGCUUGGGGUUUCUUUUUCCGGGUUCUUGUCAGUAUGGUAGAGCGAAUGCGGGCAAUGCCUUUCGUCCAGUCAGAUACCAAUCGUUAUGUUUUACCAUUCAU